GGGGUGGGGGACGCGCCUGGCGCGGCCGCCGCAAGCGCCACUCAGACUUCUCCCUCUCACAAUUGCCGCGGCUCGGCUUAGUCCUCUGGCUGCCCUGCCCCGCCCACACCCCUGUAUACCUACCUGAUUGAGCUGGAGAGGAACUAGCUCUGCUCCACAGCACCAAGGAUAGCAGAAACCCCUCACGCAACUGCGUCCGCACACACGCGUGCUCCGCCGCCGGUUUAUAUAGCUGCCACUCACCCUAACUUGUUACGGCCAGGUCGGGCGACGGGAUGACCAAUCCCGACCACGUCCUCCGGGCUCUUCGAACAGCAAUUGGGCACUUACUGGGGAUGAAGGCGUGGCUCUUGAUUGGCUUUGACUCAUGCCUAUGAGACUGUGAGGAUCUCGUUUCCCUAGUAACAGAUCGGCACUAAGAGAGACCAAUAACCGAAAAAUACAAUAGAAAGGCGGGUGAGCAGGUCUGCCGCGGAGUUUCGCUGAGAAUUUUGUAAAUGAAGCACAUGGAGCGCCUAUGUAGGGGUAGAGAGGCCGAGCUGAAAGGAGCACGGGCGCCGGCCUCAGCCUGUGGGGAGCCGGGCCCGCUCGCCUCCCUGCGCCUGGCUAACCCGAGCCUGGAACUCGGGAAGCCCAGGAGCGAAGUGAAAGCCCCUUCUGGUCUUUCAGGGCUCCACUCCCGCAGCAGCCCCGCUCCGUCGGAGUCAGUGGAGCCCCAGGCCUGGGUCCGAGUUGAGCGAGACGCUGCCCUGGCUCGCGAUUGCCCGGGCGCUCCCAAAACCAGGGAACAGUCCCCAGGAGAGAAGCCUGAAGUUUCCUGGAGCAGGGAAUCUCCAAGAUACUGUUCUGCAAAGGAAUCUGGACUUUAUUCUGAGGGCCGUGGAGAACCCCUGCAAAGUUUUUUAAAAGGUGGACUAAGAUUGGCAUUUCACAACAUGACUCUUCAAAUUGAAACACUAAGAAGAUUGGCGAAACUUAACAUUUACAGAUUAGUAAUUUAACCCAGGUGACCCUUACCCUUCAUUUUUGGAGGGAAUUUUAAGUGAUACAGAUCU